GACAGAGAUUGACGGGCACAAUUCAAGAGGUGGGGUUUGGGAGGCAAAGGGUUGGGCCCUAAGGAGUGAUGAAGAUGGGCUUCAGAUGUGGAGGUGGUGGAUAGGUUAACCAUGAGAGGAGGGCUGGACCCCGACCCAAGGUGUCCCCUAGUUUCGCCGCUAACUGUCUGCAGAAUUGCAUAGUGGGCAUACCACUGUGGACCCUGAUGUUGAGUGAGGUCCUAGCACGUGUGGAAGGGUCGAGGACGAGUUCGAGACAAUUGGAGGUCAAAAAGCGCAAAAACCGAAGAAAGUCCAAAGUUCGUAACAGUGAAGUGCAAGCGUCCAGAAAGCACCCGCAGUUCACGAUCAAGCAAGGGAGUUCACGGUCUCCUAAGACAGUGAAC